GCUGGGGCGCGGACGGGCGCAGCGGGGAGGGCGGCACCCCGACCCUGCCCUUUUCCCACAAAGCUCGGGACUGGGGUCCGCUCUCGCCGGCGCCUCCCCGCCGUCCCCCGCCCCCGCCCCGCCCCAGCCGCUGAGGGCCCUUUAAGGGCCGAGAGGUGCGCGGUCUCUUUAAGGCAGGUCCCGGUGGUUUCUGUUUUCUGAAGGAAGUGACGGGGGGUGGGAUUGAAUGAAAAGUGCAAAACAGAGUCUGGAGCGGCGGAGUCGGGGGCGCCCGGGCCGCGGCGCGGAGCGGUGAGCGGGACCGGGCGGGCAGCGCAGUGCGGGACCCCGGCGGCCGGGGCGCGGCGGCGUGCAGCCCACGUGCGUCCGCGCCACGUCGUGGGCCCCUUCGGGGCACAGUCCCGGGAGAAGCGGAGCCUCAGUGCCCAGAUCCGGCCCCCAACUUCGGGCAAAGUUUGCCAGCGCCGGAGGGCGGCGGCGGCCCCCGGGGAUGCGCCCCCCAGGCCGCCGCGCGGCCCCCACAGCGCGCCCCGUGGUCCCCACGGUGCGGUUGCUGCUGCCGCUGCUGCUGUCGCUGCUGCGGGCGCCGUGUGGCGUGGGCGCGGGGCCGGCCGAGUUGCGGGUCCGCGUGCGGCUGCCGGAGGGCCAGGUGACCGAGGAGACCCUGCAGGCGGACAGCGAUGCCGACAGUAUCACCCUGGAGCUGCGCAAACCCGACGGCACCCUGGUCUCCUUUACUGCCGACUUCAAGAAGGAUGUGAAAAUCUUCCGAGCCCUGAUUCUGGGGGAGCUGGAGAAGGGGCAGAGUCAGUUCCAGGCCCUCUGCUUUGUCACCCGGCUGUACCGCAAUGACAUCAUCCCCAGCGAGGCCAUGGCCAAGCUCCGGCAGAAAAACCCACGGGCAGUGCGGCAGGCUGAGGAGGUACGGGCCCCGGAACAGCUGCACAUGGACAUUGCUGUGAACUUCACCCAGGGGGGCCUGCUGAGCCCCCAUCUCCACAACGUGUGCGCCGAGGCAGCAGACACCAUCUACACCCGCCAGGAGGAUGUCCGGUUCUGGCUGGAGCAAGGUGUGGACAGCUCUGUGUUUGAGGCUCUGCCCAAGACCCUGGAGCAGGCAGAGCUUCCUCGCUGCAGGCAGGUGGGGGACCUCGGGAAGCCCUGUGCCUGUCACUACAGCCUGAGCCUGGCCUGGUACCCCUGCAUGCUCAAGUACUGCCACAGCCGUGAGCGGCCCGCGCCCUACAAGUGCGGUAUCCGCAGCUGUCAGAAAAGCUACAGCUUCAACUUCUAUGUGCCCCAGAGGCUGCUGUGUCUCUGGGAUGAAGACCUCUAACCGGGCUGUGAGAAGAGGGGACCUGGGGGCUUCUCAGGUCCUACCUCUCCUUCCCUGGCCACCUGGUGGCGGGCAGAACCCCACCGGAAGCCUUACCUCCUUUCCAGGCCCUUGGCCCCAAGCCUCAGGGCCCCAUACUCCGGCAUGACUGUGAAAGGAGGUGCACAUCAGGGGGACGCCCAAGGGUAGCCCCCACGCCCACCCUGUGCCUUCCUGGGGGCAGACAGGGACAAAGUAGUUCUCCAUACGCACCCCACCCUCCUCAUCUCCCCUGAAGUGUUCAUUUCAAGCAAUCAAAAUGUGACAGCCUGGGAUUCUUCUAUGCAUCCCAGUAGACCCUAAGAGCCGUCUCUGCCUGCUACACCCCACACCUAGAAGGACCCGGCCCCACAGCACGAGUGAGGGGAAUCCUUAGCCCCAGCAGGGUCCCUAGCUGUGGCUCUGUGUGGAGCCAGCCAAGAAACCUGCCACCCUGAGACCAACCAUUGUGCCUUCUCACAGACCAGCACUUUGCUACCAGAGCUGGCACCAGCUCCUCCUCCCUCGGAGCAGAAAUCAUUUCUGUAAGGUUUUGGGGCAAGGAGGGAGCGUGAAGUACGAGGAGAAAGACUUGAAUUCCAGAUUUUUAAUACAAAGUAUUUAUCAUUUGUACCAGAAAUAAAAGUUUAAAUUUUUAUGUGA